GCAAGAAGAACCCAAUCAUCAGAACAGCCAUCAUCGCACAGCAUAGAUCUUGUGGAUUGGUGGAUUGAUUCGAGAUUCGGGUGCGCGACGGCAAAGUCCUCAGAUAAAUCCGUUUCCGUUUCCGUGAGUUCGAAAUUCAGUCGCGCGAGUUCGUGUUCGAGUGACGAGUGGAAAAUGUCCGCGGUCCGCUUCCGGAGUGUUUUUCGUUUCGAGUGAAAUUUUAGGUCCGUCGUGUCGUGUGUUUCGUCGUUCGGUGUGUGUCCAUAUUACUUUUUUUCUCGCUGCUCCUUGGUUAGUAGUGUUCCUCCGGAGUCAGUCAUUCGGAUGGUAGGAAAAUUUCUCGUCUUUUUGGUGGAUCUUUCACCAGAGCGAUACUCAUGGAUUAGAGGGUUUUUCCUGUCUAUUUUUUCGGUGUCGUUCCUUGGAGUGCCAUUAGUAUAGUUCCAAAUUGUGGAUGGCUUUUUUUUCGAUGCCCUCAAGAUUCAUUUCCGGUUUCGCGUUCCGGAUGUCGCCAACUUGGCCUACUAGGUGUGAAAGUGAACGAUGACCGAUUCCAGUCACAGGCAGGAUUGCUGAAAGGCGAAAAUUUUUCAUUCAUUCAGCAAUCGAAGAGGGCCUCUACUAGCUAGUUAAGAAAGGAAAAAGAAGAAACACCCAUUGCUUUGGUGCUUGGAAGGGUGCAUGAAGAAUAAGCAGCAUAUUAUAAAUGGAAAAAGUGUUUCCUUUGCCUGUGUGUGAGUAAGUGUUGGAAUAAAUUGCAUACUUGGCGUUUGAAGCCUUUUUUACUGCUAAAGGAUUCCCUGGAAUAAAAUUCCUGGAACCUGAGAAGACCGGAAGUUGAAUGUUAUAAGAAAAAAACCACAACCAAUCAACGGAGUUCCGAAAUCAGGCCCCAAACAGUGAGCCAAAUUCUGAUUAGACAGUCAUUAACCGCACGCACACCAAUAAAAAGAGAGCAUAAAAUCAAGCAGAACCAUGCAUGGACGGUGAAAAAUAAUCCCAAUGAGAAAGAUAUCCAUGAUUCGAAUUUGAUUGAUUUUUUGUGCGGUGUUAUUUCUUCACAUACUGCUGGAUGACACCGACGGGACCCGCGAAAUCUUCCGAUCCACAACCGUCGGAUCAGUUCAGUGGAAAAGUCCUUCCCAAUCGAAGGCUGUAAGAAGAAACAGUGGAAGUGGUGCAAGCUGAAUAACCCUCGUCGGUCAUUCUCAUCCUCAAGAAACCGUCUCCAGCAGCAGCAGCAGGAACAAGAAGUGACUGGAGAAAUUGGCAUGCGGAUCAUCCCCAGAUAUGGACAACUGCUCCCCUCGGAAUACACCGCUGCUGUUAAGCCUGUUCAAGAAGAAGAAAAUCAAAUCGGCACAUUAGGCUCGCCCGUGUGUCUCGAUGUCAGUGUGUAUUUGCUCAGUUCGUAAUGGUUUAAAUUAAGUGUGCGUGUUACUGUGAAAAAUUCCCUAUCAAUCAAUCGCAUUAUCGUCGAUUUGUGUUAGUCAUCGUCAUCAUCAUUCCACGAUUUCCUUUGGUGGGGCUUUUAUGAAGAUAUCGAAAUACCUUCCCGAAGCCAGAGCCGGAGCCCAAGCGUUCAAGUCGCUCUCAAGUGGUUGAUGUUUUUGGUGUGUGUCAAGAAAAGUGAUUCCUCGAGAAGGCUGGUAAAUCAGGGUCCCGGGAAAAGUCCAAUCACGUCCCGAGUGUUGAAGUGAUUGCGUUGGUCCCUGCCGUCUUUUAGGGGGUGGGGUUUGUGUGUUUUCGAAGCAAGCAGAGUGUUCAUCAGUAAUUAUCGUUACUCAGUGCGAAAAAAGCGUGCAAAGCUCCUUCCGGGCGAGUAAACAAGUAAGGUGUGCCUGGAAGAAAGGAAGAAAGUGUGCACACACAUCCAUAUAAAUACAGGCCGCGCGAAUAGGUGUUAUCUGGCACUCCAUUAUCAGCUCGUGAAAAUAGGAGGAGAAGCGGCGAAGAGCGAAGGCGGCCAGCAUGUCCAGUGAAGAGGACAAACCUCCGGCACCGCCGGUUCGACUGACGAGCAAUCGGGGCGGGGGCGGGGCCGGCGAUCGGAUCGAUAGUGCCGCCCCAGUUGAUAUGAAGCCGCUGCCGAAAGAACCGGAGGACGCUGACCGGAAGAAGAAAACGCUCAAGAACAAGAUUAAAGUCCCGAAGACGUCCUACAACGAUUCCAAACCGAACAUCUCCUAUCCGACCAACUUCGAGCACACGGUCCAUGUCGGAUUCGAUGCCAUCACCGGAGAGUUCACGGGUAUGCCAGAGCAAUGGGCAGUGCUGCUGAAGAAUUCCAACAUUAGCAAGCAGGAGCAGAAGAAGAAUCCCCAGGCGGUGCUGGAUGUGCUGAAUUGGUUCGACAACACCAGCAAGCAGCGUCCGAGUUCCAAGUAUAUGACCCAUGGUUUGCACACAACGACGCACUCCGGGUCGUCGCUGAGCCGGGUGAGCAGCAGCAGUCCGAGCAGUACCCCGACGGAUUCGGAAUCGCACGGGGGAGGACCGGGUGGCCAGAUUGGCCAUCACCACCAUCAGCACCAUCACCUGUCCAGUUCGCACUCGCAGGCCUACAGUCUGAGCGGAGGCGGAAGUGCCGGCGGCGGAUUUGGCAGCGGAGGGCAUCUUUCGUCCCACCACAAUUCGGCCGGGGAGCACGACGGGGACGAUUUCGGACCCCAGCUCGGAAGUGGCAGCAUCAAUAUCAGCGGCAAUGGCAUCCCGCCGCCGAUCGCGAGCAGACCCGAACGAACCAAAUCGAUCUACACGCGGCCCAUCGAUGAGCCAACGCCAAUAUCGCCGACCAUACCUCCCCAUCUCGGUGGCAACGCAACGACCGGCGUUCGCAGUCCGACCUUCGAUAAGAACAAAAACUCGACGACGAUUCUCGCCUCGACGACGGUGGUGAACACGACGGUGACGAGCCAACAGCAGCAAACGGCCGCCAGCAAUCUGAGCAACGCCAACGCCAAUCAACUGCAAGCGAAUUCGACGGGGACGCCGACGUCGACCACAACGGCAACGGUCAUUACGGCGGCUACGACGACGACGACCAACACCGCGGCGGCUAACAAUGAGCCAACCAAUCAGCAACGAGCCAACCUCAAGAAGAAGAAAAUGUCCGACGAAGAGAUCCUCGAGAAGCUGCGAACGAUCGUGAGUGUGGGCGAUCCAAAACGGAAGUACAACAAGAUGGAGAAGAUCGGCCAGGGCGCAUCCGGUACCGUCUACACGGCCAUCGAGAGCUCCACCGGUAUGGAGGUGGCCAUCAAACAGAUGAACCUGAGCCAGCAACCGAAGAAGGAGCUGAUCAUCAACGAAAUCCUGGUGAUGCGAGAGAACAAACAUCCGAACGUCGUCAACUAUCUGGACUCGUAUCUGGUGUCCGAGGAGCUGUGGGUGGUGAUGGAAUAUCUGCCGGGCGGGUCCCUAACGGAUGUCGUUACCGAGACGUGCAUGGACGAGGGUCAGAUUGCGGCCGUCUGUAGGGAGGUGCUGCAGGCGCUCGAGUUUCUGCACAGCAAUCAGGUCAUCCAUCGGGACAUCAAGAGCGACAACAUACUGCUGGGGCUCGACGGGAGCGUGAAGCUGACCGAUUUCGGCUUCUGCGCCCAGAUCUCGCCGGAACAGUCCAAGCGGACGACCAUGGUGGGGACCCCCUACUGGAUGGCGCCCGAAGUCGUCACCCGGAAGCAGUACGGACCGAAGGUUGAUCUCUGGUCCCUCGGCAUCAUGGCCAUCGAGAUGAUCGAGGGCGAGCCGCCGUACCUAAACGAGAACCCCCUGCGGGCGCUCUACCUCAUCGCCACCCACGGCAAGCCGGAGAUCAAGGAGAAGGAAAAGCUGAGCCCGGUAUUCCAGGACUUCCUUGACCAGUGCCUAGAGGUGGACGUCGAUCAGCGGGCGACAGCCUUCGAGCUGCUGAGGCAUCCCUUCCUGAAACUGGCCCGACCACUGGCCAGCCUAACGCCGCUCAUCAUGGCCGCCAAGGAAGCCACCAAAGGACACUGAAACGAAGCACCGGAAGUUACCGGCACCGUCGGCGGCCCUGCAGCUAAGGCCAGCGUUGCUGUUGUUGCUUCUCCAGCCACAGCAGUUGACCCCGAAGCUGCUAUCACUUCUUCGGACUCCCCGACGACAGCCAAAGAGACAACAACGGCGACGGUGACGGACUCCCGGACGGUGGUUCCUUAACGUUUGGACCAGUGACCUAGACGAAGACGAUGACGCCAUUCCGGUAAGGCAGAGGGCGACUGGUGGGAAAAUUCCCAGCAGAUGCCACGCUUCCGUCAGGCUCCCGUUAACUGGCCAUCGAGAUUCGAGAGUAUGUUUGAAUGUUUGUUGGUAUUCGUUUGUGUAGUGAGUACGUAAAAACGGUAGUAUUUAGGCCACGCGUUGAAACGUUCGGCCUCUACCCAUUUAAUCUUGUGAUGACGAGUGUAAAAGUUAAUGUUUGCAUGAGCUAAAGGAAUAUCGAGUAUAAAGAAAAACGCAAAGCAAAAUAUAUAAAUAAUGCAUAUAUUACAAAGAAAGUAAAACAAAAAAAAAAACAAGAAGAAAAAAGUCAACCAAUACUAGACGAGUAAGCUAAAUGAAGUGUAUAAGGAGAAAAAAAACAGAAAACUUAUAAAAUUAAAUCGAAAAAAAAUAUUUAAAUCAUGUUACGAUUAAGAGCAAACAAAGUCUAAUAAUUACAAACUGGAGCAACAGUUGUUAGUAGUGCUGCCAGGAAUGGAAGCUGGUGCUUCCUGCCCGCGCACACACACACGUACACACACCACAAGUUAAGAGGAACAAUAAAAGAGAGAGUUGGUAAUCGAAGACGAUGAUGCCGCGCGCGUGCACGUGAGUUGAUAGCCUAUUAUUAUUACUAGCUACCUACUACUAUCUACUAUUACUACACUAUACAUAUGUACUGUACUAAAAUAUCUACUAGUUAGAAACUGCAAAUGGAUGUGUGAUUUGUUUGUUCUUCUUUCUUUUCCCUCUUUAAUUGCUUAUGAUUUCCGAAAGAUAUUCCACCCGGUCCGAUUUUCUCGCUGCAGGUGGAACAAUUUGUGUUCUAAUGUGUUGUAGUCCAUUUGUGUCACUUGGAAUUUUGGCUACAUUGUUUCUCGGAGUUGGUACAAAAAGUUUGGUGAACUGUUGGAUUGUUGCUUUGUAAACAGAACUAUGAAAAAAACACACAUUUUGCCGACAAUUUGUUGCGUGACUCAUCCUUAUUUUUGCGGAUCACUUCUGUCUGCUUAUUUUUGUAGAAAAGAAUGCCACUAACUGGUAAAUUCUCGGAAAAAACUUAUUUAUGGCCCAAUGUUCACCAUUUGAUAACAGAUCGAAUUAAAGCACUGCGACUUGAGUGCUCGAAGCAAUUGCUGUCUACGUUGAUGAAGAAGAAGCUGAUCACAAUAAGACGAGAAACUUUUUUCGAUUGAUCCAGUGUCCGAUUCGUGUACGGAUCGGUAUAUUCCACUCCUGAUGUAUAUGUAUGUUCCAGAGAAUGUGAAAUGUGGUUGCAACGAAUAGAUUGAAGAUGCCUCAUGUUUUCAUAAAAU